AUGGCAUUAGAAAGUAAUUUUGUGCAAGCAGCAUAUCCUAACUUUGAUGGUCAUUAUGAUCAUUGGAGCAUGCUAAUGGAGAAUUUCUUACAGUCAAAGGAGUAUUGGCCAAUUGUCGAGGAAGGGAUUAGCACUCCGGCUAUUGAUCGUCCCAUCCUAGAAACUAUUCUUUACAAAGAUACUUCUAAGGAUAUUUGGGAUCCAUGGAGAAAAAAAUAUCAAAGAACUACCAGAGUGAAGUGUGCACAACUUCAAGCCUCGAGAAGGGAUUUCGAGAGUUUGCACAUAAAGAAAGGAGAGUCUAUAAUGAGUGACUGUGUUAGAACAAUGGAGAUCAACAACAAUGUGCGGUUCCAUGAGAAGAUGAAUGAUGUCACAAUUGUUGAGAAGAUACCACACUCUUUGACGUCGCAUUAUGAUUAUGUCGUUUACUCCAUCAAGGAGUCAAAAGAUAUAGAUGAGUUGUCACUUGACGAAUUAGAAAGAAGUAGAGGUAGAGGCAGAGGGAGAGGAAACCCUGGAAAUAGAGAUGGAGGCAGAAAUUUAAGGGUCAAUGAUGACUACAACAAAGGCAGAGGAAAGAAUUUUGAAAAAUCAAAGGUCGAAUAUUAUCGAUGUCAUAAAUUUGGUCAUUGUCAAUCUGAUUGCUAUAGUAGGCUGCCUAAUCAGAUGGACAAGAAGUCUAAUUUUGUGCCUCCAUCUCUAUUUCCAUGGUCUCAUCUCCCUCUUCCUCUACCUGUACCAAAGAGGGAAAUGAGAACAUGA